UCCACUUUCCAUAAAGAAACGAGACGACGGCCUGAAAACACUGGGCGAUACCUGCGAGUCCGAAGAUUGAAGCGUUCUGGAAGACACCUUUUGCAAAAACUACCUGCAACCAUGAACCCUCUCCAGAAGAACAAGGUGGACAUCAAAUCCCUCUCCCCCGAGGAGCAGCGCCUCUUCCGGCUGUACGGCAAGCUCCCGAGCCGCAACGACCACCUGGCCAAGCACCUCAAGGAGCGCAAGUACUUUGACAGCGGCGACUACGCGCUGUCCAAGGCCGGCAAGGCCGACAGCGUCGACACGGGCAGCGUCGGCUCCCAGCACCCCAACCCGGAGGACAUCCCGCACCUGUCGUCGCCCGUCGGCAGCGGCAGCGGCGGCGGCGGCAACGGCAACGGCGGCAACAGUGUCGGCAUCGGCGGCCUGGGCCAGCAACACCACCUGCCGCUGCACCACCACCACGGAAGCAUGCAGGCCGGGAGCCCCGUCAAGGAGAGCAGCUUUCUGAACCAGGAGACUACCGCCGAGGAGCUGGAGGGCCAGGACGGUGGCGCCGCUGCUGCUGCUGCUGCUGGUCCCUCUGCGGGGACGCCGAGCAAGCAGGCUGCGAUCCCGAUCCGUCGAUGAGAUGUUUCAAGAAGGCGGCAAGAUCUGGAAGUGUUCCAUCUCGGUCUUUCUACAAACCGUGGGCGGAGGAAGUUGUAUGGGUUGGAGGCGGCCCUUGAAGGGUUGACGGUUUCGGGUUGAGUGAGGCGAUUCGUACUCCGUUUCCCACAUGAGUUUUACGAUGUCUGCGGGCGUUGGGUUUGGAAUUUGCUAUGGAUUUGACCCGGCGGAUGGGCUAGGGUUUUGUUUUUGCUUGACGAUGUCUGUCUGUGCAUCUUGGCCGCCUGACGGAUGGGAUGCUCUCUGCCAACU